AUGGAACGUCUUGAGUUUGAAAUGUUUGCUAACGAAAUCCUGUCAAGGCUACCAACGAAGUGUGUUGCUCGAUUAAGAUGUGUUUCUAAACAAUGGCGUUACGAAUUGUCGUCACAUUUGUUUGCGAUUAUACACUAUCGCCGUAUGGCUAAUAACCGUUAUCGUAAGGUUAUCAUGUUGACCAAGUCAUCAAUUGAUAUUCAUAACUUGAUUGGAGGAAAGUUAGACAUUUCUUCAAGGAAGAUUAUUUCCUUCCCCGUUGACACCCAUCUUUCCAAUCUAAUCAUUCUUGCUUCUCAGUAUGGUAUUUUACUGAUGUGCAUUCAGUGGCGUCCGAACGAAUUGAUUCUUUGGAAUCCAACAACUAAUCAAUUUUUGAAUUUGUGUGAUAAGAAACCUAAAAAUUUUUUUGAUUUAAGGGAAGAUGCAGUUGGGAUUUAUAUGGAUUCAUCUAACGAUCUAAAAAUAUUACUUCUCCAACGUCGUAAGGAUGAUGUUAUACCGCGUGUGUAUUCUCGGAACACAUGUGAAUGGAAAACUUUAACUUUCUUGAAAGGAGCGGAUUACGCUUCAAGUUUAUAUUGGUGGUCUUCCGGAACUUUAUGCAAUAAUGUUUUAUAUUUUCCAUCUCCACACUAUUGGACGCCUGCUAAAAGUUAUACGAUUGCUUUUGAUGUGGAAUCUGAAACUUUCUCGAAGGUUUCCAUACCCCAAUCUACUGAUGUUAUUGGUCGCCAAACAUGUUUUAUCAAAAUCCGAAACACACUUCAUAUGUUUAUUGUUGGAGAGACCCCUGAAACAAACGUGAAGCUAUAUAAGUUUGAAGAUGAACUAUGGUAA